GCCCUGUGGUACGCCUGAAGCGCCUUCAAGAAAAAACUCAUUUUAGGGUUUGUCAUCUCAUCAGUUAUCAUUGAAGGGAAAUGACUAAGGAUUACGUGAUAAACCCAGAUAGAUUCAAGAAUUUCUUCAACGAUUUGGACACUCGCAGAACCCUUCUCACCACUGUGACUGACCUCAACACCAAAUUAUUCAAUCAUUUCGCUUCUUUAGAAGAAUCCCUCAACAAAAAAUUCCUAACCCUAGACUCCCAGAUCGAGAAAUUUAAGGAAGAUACUGAAAACGCCCUCGAAUCUCUUCGAAUUCGCGAGAGUCUUAUUCCGGAGAAGGAAGCUACAUUCGCAGCCCGUGUCCAGCAACUUAAGGAUUCUGGGGUUACUGACAUCGAAAGGGGAAGCAGUUCGGAUGCCAAGUAUGAAACGAUGUCGGAAUUGUUGAAGAUGUGGUUCAGGAGGAUGGAUUGGAAGGGCUUAAUGGAGUAUAUGUUGGCAAAUAGGAAGAAACUUGUGGAAUUGAGGGUGGAGACGGCCAUGGCGGCCGGGGAAGCGGUGGAUUUGUUAGGUUUUGUAUUGGAGGCGGUUGAAGAGUUUGUAGAGUUGAAAGUUAGUGGAAAACAGAUUGUAGGAUUAGCACCAACACGGUGUGCUUGUGGGAUAUUGGUUCAGGCGGCUUUUCCCAUCCCAUCUGGUGGUGAACCCUUUAGUUUAACGGCAGCUGUUGGUGGGGUUUCAAGGAGUUUGAAGGAGAGGGCAGCAAUGGUGUUGGAUAAAUGGAAAGGUGUUUUGAAUCGUGGUGGUGGUGAUGCAAAUGAUGGGGUGAGUUCAGGGGAAGCAAACAUGUUUGUGACGAUGGUUAUUGGGUUCGGAUUGAAAGAUAGAUAUGAUGGUGGGUUUCUGAUGAGUUUGGUGUUGGAAGUCGGGAGUAAGCGGGAUAUGGCGAAGCUUGCAGUGGCGUUAGGCUCUGCACAGAAAAUGGGAGGCGUAAUUGAAGAGUUGGUGAAGACGGGCAAAGAGAUUGAUGCUGUGUAUAUUGCUUCGGAAGCUGGGCUGACUGAUUUGUUUCCUCCAGCCAAACUGCUCAAAUCCUGUCUUGCUAACUCUCAGAAAAUCGCUAGUAAUAAGGAUGCUCCUUCAAUGGAUGAUAUCAUCAACGAGUUGACUACCGUCAAAACAAUUAUGAAAUUGAUCGAAGACCACAAACUCGAAUCUGAAUUCAACAUCAGCAACCUGAAGAGGCAGAUUGGUCGGUUGGAGAGGGCAAGAUCAGAUAAGAAGAAAGGUAUUGUCGCUCCUGCAACUAAACCUUCUUCUACCAAGCGACCACGCCCACGGAGGUUUGGUGCAACCACCUCCUCAUCCUCCUCCCGGCCACCAAAAUCAAGCAGGGGCUCUUCAGGUUUCCGGCAGAGGAACCGCCCUCCACCACCCACACACCACUCCUCUGCCGCCAGAUACCCACCAGCAUCAUAUAACCCCACCACCCCAUAUGGGGCUGGUUACACCCAAGGACCUGCUGGAUAUCUUCAAUAUGCAAACUACCCGAGUCAGGCUACAGGAGCAGGUCCAAUCCACGGUUAUGGAGGUCAGAUGAACUAUGGUCCUUAUGAUUAUAAUGCUGCUCCUUCUGAACCUACAUACAAUGUGUAGAUCUACUUCAAUCAAUCUGUUUUAUGAAGUUUUGUUUUUAAGAUCUCCGUUGUGUAGUGGUAGCGAAUGUCAACAUAUAUCUGAGAAAACAUCUUGCCUGUAAUCGAGUAGGAUUUUUAUAUAAUUUAUUUAAUGCUAAACUCAUGAACAAACAAAAAACAAAACUAGCACCAACUAGGAUAGGAGCGGGUGGGUUUCUGCAAAAAGGUCGUGCCACAAACAACCUACUGAAUAGAUGCAUGGAUCCAUGAAAAAGCAGAAGUGGUUCGGGCCGACACGUUUGCAGUGAUGGGUUUUCAACUCGAUCGUUGGCCUGUUUGGUUUCGAUUGUCUUUCAUUGGCUGAUACUGCUUUAGUCGACUCAGAUUUGCGCAAGGUUGAACCUUGUUGCUAGCGGUCUUAAUGGGGUAGCUUUUUAGUAACACAGGCCAGAAAAGAAGAUUGGCAGACAAACACAUAUGAUGUAGGCAGACGGAGAUAUACUGCAGGGUAUUUGGCAAAGCGAUAUCCGAGUUACCUGUAAGGGU